AUGCAGAGGUCCCUCGCUUACCAGGACACCAUCUCGGCAAACCUUACAACACUGAGCACCACCAACUCAGAGACGCAUGAUGGAAUCAUCCGAGGUCUACUCUACAUACCGGACCUCAGCGUCACCGACCCAUGUUACGAACAGCAGUACGACAUCAUUCCUCGAAAUGCCACCACCCAGGCGACCCUGCCUCCUUCCAACUACAAUCUCAUUGCCCUUGCGCCAUGGUUCAAUGCCACUUGCACAAGGGCAUACCUGGCGUCGGCUCGUCUCGAUCCCAUCCGUGCCUUCAUCUUCUACCGCCCCAAUAACUCGACGAGGGAACCUCAAGGCGCCGACUCGCCGAUAUGGGAUCUCGAAGAUGGCGAUGCUUGGCGCUCCCAAAAUCGCUUCCCCAUAUUCGCCAUCCCCGGUGCUGAAGGCAACAAAAUGAUGCGCCAACUCAGCCUUUAUUCCGGCAACAUCUCCCAAAUCCCUUUCGGCGACCAAAUAGAGCAAAGAUACGAGCCCCAUGACGACGACUUUGUUCGCAUAUGGACCGAAUUGACGGUGAAGGACCGUGACAGUGUCCCCGCCAUGUGGACCUGGAUUCUCACGGUCGUCGGCGUUGUGUUGUUCAUCAUCGCCUGUCUGUCACUCACAAUGCACCUAGUACAGCGGAGACGGAGAAUAUCAUUACGUCGGAGGGUGUUGAGCGGAGAGGUCGACUUGGAAGCGAUGGGCAUCAAGCGCGUCACAGUGCCGGUCAACCAUGUGAAGGGCUUCCCGCUGUUCACAUACAGUUUUCAACCAGAGAUGGCCAGCACACCUUCCACAACGAGGCCCCCGAAAUCCCUCAGGUCACCCCGGAGCAUGCGGGCCGAUCAACGUACCAUAUCUGAAUCCACCACAGCCAGGUCGAGAGCGAGGAGAGCCAGCAUGAACAGCUCGACAAGCACCGUCGCCACGAACUAUCAGCCGCAAUGCCACAUUUGCUUGGAAAAUUACCUGGAUCGAGAAUCCAUUAUUCGGGAGCUGCCUUGCGGGCACAUCUUCCACCCUGAAUGCAUCGACGAAUUCCUGGGCCUGAACAGCUCACUAUGCCCAAUUUGCAAGAGGAAUAUGUUGCCGCGCAAUUACUGUCCGAAGAUUACUAACGGCAUGGUACGUCGCGAGCGGGCGAUCCGGCGUUUGAGGGAGAGGGUGGUGUUGGACGAGUCAGACGACGAGGAAGCGGAGGUGACAAGCAAACAUUGGGGGAAGCGGCUAUUCGGCACGGACAAAGCGGCACCCCCCCGGGCAGAAACGCCGAUGACGCCCGUGUUACCCGCCAAGUCUCCAAAAACAGGUCAAGAGUCGGCGAAUGCUAGAACCCCUUCCGACCUGGAGGCUGCUCCCUUGUCACAAACCCUCGAACCAACUCAAGAGGAGCAAGAGGAUUCGGAUCGACCCUUAAGUCAUUCCGAAUGUCGAGAAAUAUCGCAGCAACAACCUAAGCCACCUCGGCCAGCCGCGGUAGCUCAGCACUCUCACCGAAACAAGCGGCGUAAAACAGGGGGCUUGCGACUACAUGUUCCCUCAUCGGACGACUCCAAGCAAGCUAAUCAACGGCCAGAAGGGCGCAAGAGCCCGUCGGCUUUGGCACGGGCGCGGAUGAGAGCGCUCGCAGGCACGCCUUUUGAUGAUGAUCCCGAAGGCCGCUCACCUGCAUGUAAGUAUGAGACUGGUGGUGGCCCUACAUCUUUACUAACCAAGUCUACAGGGAAACGUUACGUUGUCAAAGUCUUCCCAGGCUUCUCGUGA